UGGAUCCAAAAGGCCCCUCUACUAAUUAUCCACUAAUUUUUACCCGUUUGAUUCACAAUUAUUGAAAAAUAUAUUUUGAAUUUCUCAUUACUUCCACGUUUAUUGAAGGAAAUCCAGGAUGUUUAAACGCUGGCGUGAUAAGAAAAAAGACAACGAACAGCAAGAGAGUCCAGCGAAUACAAAACAGGCUCAGUCUCCGAACGAAACCUCCGGGUUCAUUUGUCCAGUAUGUAUGAUCUCCUUCAACUCCCCAGAGGAUCUUCAAGUACAUUUUGAAACAUCUCAUGAUGACAGUGAACCAGCACCAACUAGUGGGGAUUUCAUCUGUCCUCUAUGUAUGAAAAAAUUCAAUGGUCCAGGAGAAUUGCAGAGUCAUUUUGAUCAGGUUCAUGAGACCCAAAAUGAUUCAUCAGCAAUAAAACCAUCAGAUGCACACUUGUCAAAAAGUUUACCUGCAGACACCACAAAAGUUUGGAACGAAAGACAUGGGUCUUUGCUGUCAUUUGAUGAGGAGUUACCAGUUCCCAGAAAAGAGUCGGAAGUUUCUCGCUUGUCGAAUCAGCUCAAAGAACUGGAGGAUAAAACUCAAGAAAUUAUGUAUCUACAGCAGGAGCUUAAUGAGUUGAAUGCUUCAUUAAAAGAAGAAAAGUGGUACUCUGCCGCUUUGAAAGAAGAGGUUGACAAGAUGACAAAAGAGAAGGUGGAAUUGGAGGAAAAAGUCAGCUCACUAGAGAUGGAGAAACAAACGUUGGAGAAGGAUUCAGAAAGGAAGCUUAUGGAUGAAAAAGAAAACAGUGUUAAAUCCAUGGCAGAGUUUGCACAGCUUAAAGUGGAGUUAGCCAAGGCACUAGAAGCACAGACUGGAAGUCAGAGUGAACAGAUGAACUUAGCACAGAGAACUUCACAACUGGCGACAGAAAAUGCUGGACUUAAAGCAACUUUGGAAGAGGAAAAAAAGCAACAGAAUGCUUAUAGUGAAGAAAUAAGCAGGUUGAAGGAACAACUAGAAGAUAAAACAAGACUCAAUGAAAACUUAGAAAAACAGCUUUUGCAAAGACCCUCUGGAGAUGAGGUAAUCACUUUACAGAAUCAGCUCUCUACUGCACAGCAACAAGUGGCAUCCCUUCGGCAAGAAAAGGAACAGGAACACAAAUCGUGGCAGGAAAAAUUCAAUGCAACCUUAACAGAAGUCAACAGCUUACAAAUGAAAGUAAAGGAACUUGAAGUUGAAAAAGCAGCAAAAAUUGAACAAGUACAGAGCUUGCAGACAGCAGUAACAGCGUCUACAGAAAACAGAAAGCAAGCUCAAGAACAGAACCAGGAACAACAACGUAAUCUUAUCAACCUUCAGCAUGACCUCAGCCAGGCUAAUGUUGUUCUGAAAGAGAGGGAAACAUUCAUUGAAUAUCUCCAAAAGCAGCUCAAUGAGGCAAAAGGCAAACUGGAUUCUGAGGUGACUUUAAAGGAAGAAUCUAAUCAACAAGUGCGAAACCUGCAAAACCAGUUGGAAGAAGAACAGAGACAAGCUCAAAACAGGGAACUGUCGAUUAAAGAUCUUGAAAGCAGUCUCCAACAAAAGAAGGAUGAUAUCGCAAGAUUUGAAGAAGAAAGGACGGACCUCAUUGCUAAGAUUGAAGCUGGCGGCGGAGCUGAAACAGUGAUAGAACAACUCAAACAAGAAAAGGAAAGUUAUCAGACCCGGCUUCAGCAGCUGGAAGCUACGCUUCAAACUCAAACACAAGAACAUUCGAAGAAGAUUGAGGAGAUGCAUAAGCAACAGAAAAAGGUUGAGGAAGAGCUUGCGAAAGAAAAAGACAACACUGCUAAGCUUGAGAAUACAGUGUCAGAUCUUACAUCACAGUGUACGAUUUCGUUACAACAAACGGAGGAGUUCAGAAAAGAAGUGAAAGAGAAAAGUGAAAGCCUCGUGGCUCUCGAAGCCGCCAAGGCCGCUGAAAAGUCUGUCUUGGAUGAACAAGUAAGAUCCUCUCAGGAGACUUUGCAGGAGAAGCUUAAGGAACUGAGUGCUCUUCAACAGCAGAAUGUUAAGUUGAAAGAAGAUUAUGACAGCAUAAGGGAAAGCCACACAAAACUUGAAAUCCAAGUGAAGACCUCAGAAAUGGAACUGGAAAAUCAUGCAAAAAGGGCAGCACAGCUUGAAGCUGAAGUGAAAGGAAAGGUUGAGGUAAUGACAUUGCUACAACAAGAAAAAGCGUCAGAGAAAAGUUCCUUGGAAAAACAAAUUGAUGACGCGCAGCAGUCCUUAAGCAAAAAGGAAAAAGAAAUUUUGGUUUUAAGAGGAGAACUGCAACAGUAUAAGGAAAAAUCCGCAGAGAGUGUCAAAUCUUUGGAGAAUGAAAAGGAACAACUGUCAUUGAAUUUGACAUCUACCAAGACUUUACUGGAAGAAAAGGAAAAACUUCUCUCCAAUUUGGGAUCUGAACAGCAGGAUGCAAGAAAGGAAAUCAUUUCGUUAAAAGAGCAGUUAGCGUCUACUUCACAAUCCCUCAAGGAGAAGACCGAUCAGAUGGAAAGUACGAAUAAACAAUACGUGCAAGAAAAGCAAACUUUAGAGGCUAAACUGUCAGAAUUGGAUGCGUCCAGCAAGAACCAAGUUUCAGAGUUGAUGGGAACACUAAAAAACGUCAAGGAGAAGUUAAAAGAAAAAGAGGAAAUGUGCAACAAGCAAGUCGAAGAAUGUCAACAGCUUCAGUCAAAGAUUCAACAAGUUGAGCAGGAAAAAUCUUCCGUCCAGGAAGCCAUGACAGAACUUGGGAAGACUCAUCACGAACGGAUUAUAGUUCUAGAGAGUGAGUUUAGUGCCAAGGAAUCAAAACUACAUGAGCAGAUUGCUGAAAAAGAAAAAAUUGCCGGUGAACUGCAGAAAUCUCUUGAGCAAAAGGAAGAACGAAUGAACGGAAUGCAAAGGAAAAUCGAGGUUCUUGAGGAGGAGCUGAAAAAGGACUGUGAAAGCUGCAAGAACUAUGAAGCUCAGCUAUGUAAACUGCAAAUUUCCUCCAAGGAGGCACAAGAAAAAAUAGUUCGGCUUGAGAAGGAACAAGAAGACGCGCGAAGUGACAUAAAGGACCUUCAGAACCAAGUCACAGCUGGAGAUGAAGAACUGGGACAAUUCAAGAGACAGGCGGAGGAAAUUGAGAGUAAUUUGAGACAGACUGUAGAACAACUCAAUGAAGCUAAGAACGCCCUAGAAACUCAAGUGUUACAUCUGGAUGGCGACCUAAUAGCUUCAAGACAACUGACACAGAAGACCAAAGAGGAAAGAGAUUCCUUUGAGCAAGAAUUAGAAAGUCAGAGAGAUGCUCUCAAUGAAUUGAGAACUUCCUCACAAACAAAAAUAGCGGAAUUGGAGAAGAACGUUGCAGCUGAACAAGACGCCAAGGAGAAGGCACUGCAAGAGGCUCAGGAAAAGCAACAACUCUUAAUUAAACAGAAACUAGAUCUCGAAAAUAAGCUGGCUAACUCAGAAAAAGACUUACAAAAGGCAAUUGAAGAACAUGAAGAAACUAAAGAAGUCUCCAAACGAGUUCAGUUGUUAUUGAAAGAGGAGACAGCCGCAGUUCAGACUAAGCUGGCAAACGAAACACAAGAACUUGAAGAACUUAAAAAGUCCAAAGAACAGAUGGAAACGAGGCUCAACAUUCAAAUAUCCUCUCUGAACGAAAACUUAGCGGCUGCGAGGACUGAGGCCGAGAAAUUCCAACAGGAGACGAGAGAGGCUGGGGAGAAACUUGCAGAUGCUGAAAAACGAAAUGAUGAUUUACAAGGAGAAAUAGCUGUUUUGGAAGCAACUGUCCAAAAUAACUUGGAUGAAAGAAGAAAAUUACUUGAGAGGUGUGUAGCUGGUGAUGAGGCGAUAGAAAAACAGAAAAAGGAAAUUUCUGAGCUGAACAGAAAAGUUGAAAAUGCGCAGGCAGCCAUGAUGGAAUUGACACAAGAGAAUCAGUCGUUACAGAUAACAACAAAUCAAAAGAACGCGAGACGGUGGGAAAGUGAUAAUGAUGUUGCGGCCUGUAAUGGCUGUGACAAACAGUUCUCCUUAAAAAUUAGAAAGCACCACUGUAGAAAUUGCGGAUUAAUUUACUGUAGUGACUGUACAGCAAAAAGUGCUCCACUGACGUCGAGCAAGAAGCCUGUAAGAGUGUGUGACAAAUGCUUCGAUGAAGUCACGUCAGGCACAGCUAAAUCUUAUUCUCUAGGUCCAAACCAAGGCUUCAGCUAAGAAGACUUCUCAAGAGUAGAUCUUAGUAGAAGAGAUAUAUUUUUUCGCCAAGAAAGGACGUCACAAUAUGUAUUUUGCAUAUCGGUGUAUUUUUACCAAGGUAUCAUAAAUGAUAGAAAUGGAGGUUAUUCACUUUUACUAUUGAGAACUUGGAUCAAUAUCAGUAUCUGGGCAACUGCCCACCUACCCCUCCCCUAACCCAACAUUAACCCUAGCUUGUUAUCAAUUGACUGUUGUUGAGUUCGGGGAGGGGUAGGUGGGCAGUUGCCCAGAUACUGAUAUUGAUCCGAGAACUUUACCUAAAAGGAAGGAUGGAAAGUAUAAAAAAAUACAUUUUGCAUCGUAUAAGAAUUAAUGAAUGUAUUUCCUUAGUUAGGACGAAAAUGUGAAUGUGGAGAAGUUUUUAAACGACUUAAAUUGAUUAAUGACCAUUAGUCUUUGUAAAUAUCAAAAAAUGUUUGAUAUAUAGGUGUUUUUUUUGUGGUGGUACUUAUUAUAAGAUAAAACUGAGAGGUAAGGAACUUAUUGAGCCCAAGUGAUAAGAUUUUCACUGCGAAAAGCUCAAAAAUGUUAGCAGCAUUUUUUUGUACGAUGUUUCCAAAUGCAUUGUCAAGGUCGCUUUUUAUGGUCUUCUAUGUUUCUUUUAAAGAACUCAGAAGUUACCUCCUGAUGGAUGCAAGAGUAGUGAAUUUGUGAUGUGAGGCACGACAACUAGUUAGUUAAAGCGUGAUAAAGUGCGUCUCGAUUAAGUAUCGUAAAACCAAAACCGAAGUCAUUACAACAGCCAAUCGGACGAAGGAUAAUAUUUUAAGAGUCAAUGAGAACUCAGAGUAAAAACUACCAAAUUGCCUAAAAAAUGGAAAAUGCGGGCGACCAGGUUGUGAUUGGUUUUAGUUUUGCAUCUGGUUGGUUAAGGAGGUAACGCGAGUUUUCUGCACCAAUAACAGUGUGAAGUAAAGCAAAAACAAUGUAAUUUCAGACUACAUCGACACUCAAUUGAAAAAUUGUUCUAUACAAGGCUCCAUGAGUUCGAAGACGUCUACUGUUUUCCGUUCAUAACAACUUUGUAGAGGGAGCUUUUGAUCAAUUAUUGUUCACGCUUCCAGUAUCCUACACAAUUGAUGCAGAUGACCAGCACGAUUGGGUGUUUAUUUAACUCUUGGGAUUCAUCAGCCUGCAGUGCAGACAUCUCAUCGUAAAGAGCGUGUCAGCGCUACAAAGGAUGGUCCAUUAGGCAGCCAUGUUUGAUUAUCAUCAUUAUUCCUUCCUUUCCUUGCCGCCUUGUUUGAUAUAGAAUUGGAAUCGAAGUAGAAGGGAGGGAAUGGGUAAUUGCCACCCUUCCCCCCUCCCCCCUCCCCCGAUUCCCUAUUGCCAACCGUCGGUAUAAAGAGUUUUCUAUCCACAACCUUAAAAAGAUAAAAAUUUAAACUAAGGAUAGUUUUCUAAAAUCAUACUCGCCUGAGUUAUAAUUAAUA